AUGGCCGAGCAAGAACCCAGGUCGAGGGAUAUCAAACUGGGCCGGUUGCCUGCCGACUCAAAAGUCUACCAUCAGAAGAGAGCAGAGAUUCUCCAAGCAAGCAAGAAACAGGACGUUGGGUCGUUAGUCGAGCUUGCCACCUCAGAAGGGGGCCUGCUACAGGACGAUAUCCGUAAACAAGUUUGGCCAAUUCUCCAAGGAUAUAACCAUGCCACCCACACCCAGGAACUUCCGCCACUGUCUGAGCUGCCCAGUCAUGGCGAUGAAGACCAGGUCAGGUUAGACGUGAACCGAUCAUUCGUCUACUACCCCAAUUACAAGACAGAGAGACACUUGGAAGGCAAAAGAGAAGAGUUGCUAGACCUGAUUAUAUCGGUUCUGAGGCGAAACCCUAUGCUCUGCUAUUUCCAAGGAUAUCAUGAUAUCGCCCAAGUACUGCUUCUGGUCCUUGACCGUAAACAUGCGUACCAUGCCUUGGAACACAUAUCCCUCUUUCGUAUAAGAGACUAUAUGCUCCCUUCCCUUUCCCCUGCCCUCACGCAUCUUCAGUUACUACCAGCCAUCAUCACCUCCGUUGACCAGAAACUUGGCCAACAUUUAGCUGGCAUACAGCCAUUUUUCGCUCUUGCCGCCACCCUAACGCUCUAUGCACAUGACAUAGAAGAAUACACUGACAUUGCCCGGCUUUACGACUUCAUUCUUGCUCAUGAGCCAGUUGUAUCAAUAUACCUAUUUGCCACCAUAAUUAUCUCAAGAAAGGACGAACUAUACGAUAUUCCCACCGAUGAGCCCGAAUUGUUUCACGGCAUCCUGUCAAAGUUACCCCGCCCUCUUGAUCUUGAAGCUCUAAUCUCGAGGACGGUGCAGAUAUAUCAUGCUCACCCACCUGAGAAACUCCCCCAUGGCGCAUGGAGGACCAUCCCGUCCUGUAGUGUCCUUAAAACCUUGAGAAACCCUGGUCUGCACUCCACGCCAGAGCAAGCAAGGAGUUACUUCCAACAGCAAAUCCAAGGUCUGCGGAGGGAAAAGAUGCGCAAAGAUGCCGCAGUGCUUAUCCAAAAGCAUUCUCGUUCAAUCCAGGUAGUCGGUGCCGCUGUUAUCGUUGGCAUAAUUUCGUACUGGAUUAUGAAAAAAGAUCCUGACAUGAUGCGGUAUCUCUGGCGUUGUCUAGGGCCACUGAGGACUACUUUCAAGAUAUGA